AUUCAAAGAAACCUAGUUUAUGUAUUUGCUCAAAGAGUGAAGUUGCAAGGAAGGGGACCAACGUCUGCAUGGUGGUAGCUUCGUAGGGGCCUUGACUUGAGCCAGUGUGGUUCCGGACACCGUGCCGCACAAAAAUCGUUGCGAUGACGUGUGUGAUACCAAGUUCCUCAAUUCUAGGAGUUUUGUGUCAUUCAGUAGAAAAGCGAUAUCGAGGAAAGACAACAAAGCAUCCUACGUGUGUCUGCCGGUCUGGGCGCUCUGGUGUACAGGCGGGACACCUGUGCUGGUCUUCAUGUGGCAGUGCAGACCCCUCCUGGUUACCUUUUCGAACCGAGAAGCGCAUUUUUUUCAGUAAAGAAUGGUAACAGCAAGCCUGGUAACCGCAGUGCUUUCGCUAUUCGAGGCGGCGGACGUUUAAUGUGACCGAAAGCAAUAUAAGCGUGAGGAGUGUCCCUUGUCUGACGGUUUUGGUGGUGAUUUUUUGUGGCGGAGCCUUGUCCGCUAGGGAGACGAAUGUCGGAAGGCACCAAGAAGACAGUGACUACCAGUUUUUAGCGGCAGUGUCAUUUCAGCAGCAGGAAUCCUCCGCCAGUCGCCAUGAUUCGCGUUGUCAGGUGAACAGGAAUGUCGAUGAUGGCGACCGGUCCGUCGCAGGUCAUUCGAUUCAUUGUGAACAGGACGGGCAAUCUGCCUACCAUCAAAGAUGCGCAGAUUGACCCUACGUGGACGGUCGAUCGCAUCAUUCAAGAGUGUUUCGCCUCCGAGCUUGCAGCAGGAGAGCAUGUUAGGCUCAUUUAUAUGGGCCACGUUCUUCAGGGAAGUGCAACGCUGAGUUUCAACCUUGCAGGAAACUUUCCGAGUGCAGGCUCAAGCCGGAGCAACGACGCUGCCGCAGCAACUCCGUCAAGCGGGCUUUGCACAGUCCAUGCGCACAUCCGAAGCGAUUCCCGAUGUCCUGCAGCAAGUUUUAACCACGGUGAUGGCGGGGUUGCGCACGGCGACGACUGGUCAACGGUAGUUCUGCGGGUGGCAUGUUUCAUCGUUCUUGGGGUGUGCUGGUAUCACAGGACAAUCUGCCCUAGAGACUAUACCCUUGUGUCGACAGCGAUUUUGUGCGUUUUCACAGCCGUUUAUGUUCUUUCUGUGCAGUCUGUGUUUGAUACGCCGCUGCGUGCUUUGCUGCGCAUGCUUCGGUUCCCACGUUUACGCCCCUGAGCUAUCGGUCACGAGAACGGGUUCCUCAGAUGUAAGCGUGGCUGAUUAGAAAUGCAGAGUUACAAGUGUUUUAUCUUCUCCGCACAUAUAUAGCAUAUAUAUGCAUAAAAAUGGCAGUCUUGCCUCAACCGUUAUUCCUUUCAUCAAACUCGUCCCCUCACUUCGGUGUCAUUCAUGUUUUUGCGUACUGGGAGCGGUUCAUAGGUGGCCAGUGAUUCACAUUCCCCGCUAAACGCCGUUUUUUCAUCUCUUAACAAGAAUAUCAACUUCAUUAAGAAUCCGUGGAGGCAUGCUCGGUGGAGAACUAAGAGGAGAGCUGUUUCGCUUGUACAUGUGGUUAGAGGUGGUCUUCUUCCAUCAUAAGAACUCUUACGCGCGGCUGAAAUAAGGGUCCAACCGUAUGUCUGGAGGUGUUUCUCGGCUCGCGAGCUGGCAGAGCAAUGUAGUUGGUGGUAACGGACUUUCAUCUGUCAUCUUGAGCUUUAGAUCAAGAUGCAAGUGAUUGUGCUCACACAAGUGUAGUUCGUGCUGGUUUUUUGUCGGCAAAAAUGUCUGUAUUUCGCUCACGAGUUAAUCUUGUGCGUUGAUUGGCGUAACAAUUUUCAACCCGCCCGUGAAAAGUGCCGUAUACCAGAGGAAGGAAUGUGCUCCAUCGUCCCCUGUUGUGUCUUUUGAGAAGGGAACGGUAGGUAACAGAAUAGUACAGGAGCUUAAAAUGAAUGGACGAAUGUAUUGGGACCAGACGUUACGGGACCUUGACUGUUGUUCAAGUGGUCCAAGUUUGAAGCUUUAGCAGCACCCUAUCACGCAGUCCACCUCGUCGUUGAAAUGAGAGGUGGAUUAUGCUACCAUCUAGUACGAGCUAUCCCGUCAACAGUCAUGCUUUUCUCCUGUUGAAACGGAAUCGAAUGUGACAGGAGAGAUGUAUAUUACGUAGAGUCUGGCACGAUACACUUGAAUGAUGUCACAGCCGAUAGAUGUUUAUCGAAUCACUUCCAUGCUAAUUCCAUCAACUGCAAGUACUUGUGUAAAGGGGCCGGGAAAUAUUGUGGCAGUAGUAUGCACGAAUAACUGCCCGCCUUCAUACUAGCGAGGCCUCCUGGUUGUGAUCCCUAUUGUAACUAACUUUGGUUUUGUAAAUCCUGACCUUCUGAAUCAUCGAUCACCCCCGGAGUCCUCCAACGGAAAGUCCUCCUAACGACACCGAAAUUCCCGAAGGCUAGCAGUGAAAAGCAUCUUUGCUACUUUUGCCUUUUAGUAGUGCAGUAAAUUAUGAAGCUCGACCUUCGACAUUAAAACGAGUGACGGGCAGUAUUAGUGGUGUAAAAACAUACCACACUGUUGUUGAUUUCCCGUAGAAAGGAGGAGAGGCCAAAGAGUUUCGGUGUUCCUGAAGUGUUCAAGUGGUGUGAUCUACAGAUACAACAGAGGAGUCGGUCUCACCUUAAAAACCACAGCAUCCUUGGAGAGACAUGCUUCUGGAGGUUUUCAAGCAAAGUGAAGUUGCACUUCUUUGAUGGCA